AUGCUUGUAAAAGAAACCCAGACGGAUGUUGUCAAAGAAAAUGAUCACCAGUAUGAGCUGCAAGUCAAAGAUGGCUAUUCAACUGAAAGUCAGCAAAAUAGUUGCAUGCAAAAAUAUAUGCACUACACUUUGCAGUGCCAAAGCCCAAAGUCUUCUAUGAAUUUGUCAAAUGCCAGCAGCCUAACAAAUGCAAGAUGCGACCAGCCAACGACCCAACUACAACAUUGUCAGAUCAGAAGGCCAAUUGUGACCUUGCAACAUCAAAGAGUGCAACCGCUCUCUAAUCUUCUACCAUCUGAAAGAAUGAUUUGUUUCUCAGAAGUAAACAGUUCUUCACCAGUUGCAGCCGUUUCUCCUAUCGUUAAUGGGGUUACUAUCAAACAGGAGAAUACACCUUCAAAUGAUAAUAUCAAUAACAACAUUAUAAGAAGACCCAAAAGACGUAAUCAAACAGAAAGGAAAGAUGAUCAUUCCGAAAUAUUCAUGUUCGAUAUUUGUUCAGAUCUAAAUGAUUCACAAGAGAUGUUACAGGUUGAGGACCCCAAAGAAAAACAACCUACAAAUGAAACAUAUCAAGCUAAAGUUAAGAAAACUUCAAUUCAUACGGCAUCAAAUGAACAGAUAAUAAAAGAGAACAUUCGUUGUGAUUGGCCUUCGACAAAAGCAAGGAAUACAGCUGUUCAGAAAGAUAUAACAUCAUACGGCAAAAUAAAGAAACACAGUGUUGGCAACUGGGCAAAGAAGACACCAUGGAAGUCUCCAAAUUGUUCGAUGUCUGUGUCAAAGAUUACUCCUAAAAGCAAGACAAACACAAGACUAACCUCAAGGGAAUCUAUUGCCCAAAAGAGAAAAGAGUAUGCUGAAAGCGUCUUUUGUUUUGAUGAUUAUGCUGAUUUAAAGCAAAUCCAACUCCAGUUCAAGUCCUCAUCAAGUCAAAAACUACAUUCAAGGUGAUGAUUGGCUAAUUGUCUGACUUGAAUUUAAUUCUAAAACAAUAUUUUAACUUAGAAGAAAAAAU